CCCCCUAUGCCGGGCACCUUGCCUCCGGGCAUAUGAUCGGCCCGGCUGGCGCGGCCGCGCCCAGCGCCCCGGUGGCCCACGAUGAGGGCCUCCCCGCGUUGUUCGAGCUGGAGUCCAUCAGCAUCGCCGGGCACGAUGUGCAGCCGGUCCGCAUUGCCACCGCCAACAGCAUCAUCGUCACCGCCACCACCAAGAACAUCCUUCUCGUGCUGGACCUCAACAACCCGGACAACAUUGUUCAACACGACCUCCCCCAGCCGGCCAGCCAGCUGGUGGCCCUCUUCCUGGACCCGCAGGCCCAGCACCUGCUCAUGUCCUUCCAGAAUGCCAAGACCUUCUACCUGGCCAUGGGCCAGAAGAAGGCCCGCCUGCUGGAGCGCCUCAAUGGCCACAUCAUCACCGCGGUCGGGUGGAACCCCCGGCGCGAUGCGCCCGGCGGCGGGGCCGGCGGCGCCGAUGGCGACAUCCUCCUCGGCACGGCCGAGGGCCUGCUCCUGGAGCUGGACAUGCAUGCCCCCUCGGAGGAGUCCAUCCUCCGCCGGCGCUCGGUCAAGGCCAUCUUCACCUGCCCCAAGGAGGACGUCAAGACCCCGGUGGUGGGGAUCUUCUCGGAAAUCCGCGGCAAGUACCUGCGCGUGAUCGUGCUCACCACACACCACUUCCUGCAGUUCUCCGGCGCCCUGGCGGCCGAGCCGCGCACGGCCGGCGAUGGUGCCGGGGCCUCCGGCGGCAGCGGGGCCGGCGCCGGCGGGGCCGGCGGGUCCGACCGUCUGGGCACCUCGCUGCCCGGGUCGACCCUCCUGCAAGAUGGCGCCAGCCAGCUGGUGGGCAGUGUGGCCGCCGGCAUGGCCUCGGCCACCGGGGCCGGCGGCGCCUCCGCCGGUCUCUUUAGCACCUUCUUCGCCGGGUACACCGGCAACUACCUGGACACGGCCCUCGUGUCGCCGCCCAAUGUCCCCUACCAGCUGAACAACCACGGUGUGGCCUUUUCCACGGUGGCCGCCACCUCUGACGGCCGCCAGGCCGAGUCCUUUGCCUGCCUGCUCGGCGCCAGCCUCUACCAUGGUAGCCUGACGUCCACCGUCGGCGAGGGCAUGCCCGUGGUCGGCACGGCCAAGUUCAUGCCGCACCCGAAGCUGGCCGACGAGCCGGCCGACGCCGUUGUCCCCAACUCCAUCGUCCUCACCCGGCAUCACAUCCUGCUGCUGAUGGGCGACCAGCUGGUGGCCUUUUCGCGCAUCAGCUUCAAGGUUGUCUUCAAGCAUCGCUUCCGCGAGACGCCCAUCCACAUGACGGCCGAUGCCUCCAGCGACACCAUCUGGCUGGCCACCAAUAGCACCAUCUACGAGGUGGUCACCGAAAAUGAGGACAAGAACCUGUGGGAGGACUACCUCUUCGACGAGCAGCUGGCCAAGGCCCUGCACCAUUGCCACACGCCGAAGCAGUUCCAGCGGGUCUUCCGGUCCAUCGGCUCCGCCGCCUGGGCGGACAACAGCUAUGCCAUCGCCGCCGCCGCAUGGGCCCGGAUUACCGGCAACAAUUACAGCUUCGAGGACAUCACCCUGCGCUUCUUGAAUUUGGCCUCGCGCCCCUCGCCCGAGCAAUCCUCCGCCGGGCGCUUCGCCCUGCUGGUGUAUCUCCUGUCGCGGUACCAAUUCUACGAGAAGACCGACGUCACGCAGCUCAACCUCCUGGCCACCUGGAUCACGGAGAUGUUCCUCAGUGAAAUGUCCCGCGAGGCCGUCCUCCAGGCGGCUGCCCAACAGGUGACCGGCUCCGGGGCCGCCACCGCCGAGGGCGCCGCAUCGACCAGCAGCACCGGCCGUGAGGCGGCUCUGCGGGCCCAAUUUGCGCGGUUCCUGAAAACCGGUGUGGCCGCCGUCCCGGCCCCCUCCGGGCUCCUGCACCAGGACUCCAACCAGGAGGACCAUUACGCCGACCUGAACUUCCUGCUCCCCGGGCACCACUCACCGUCGGCCUCCUCCCCGAACCUCAAGCAGCCCAGCCAGAACCCCGGCAAGGACCACCUGGAUCGUGCCACGGCCUAUCGGCUGAUGGCCUCCUAUGGUCGGACGCGCGAGAUGCUGGACUACGCCACCAUGGUCGGGGACUUCGAGCGAGUCAUCAGCCACCACCUGCAGGUGGGCAACUACGCCGACGCCCUGGCCAUCGUCAUGAAAUACCCCUCGGAUGAUAUCUUCUACAAGUUCGCCCCCACGCUCAUGGAGCACCUCCCCCGGGAGUUCAUCGAGUUCCUCGAGCGCAUUCGCGACCUGGACCCCAAGAGCCUCCUGCCGGCCCUGAUGAAGUACACCGCCCGGCGGACGGCCGAGAUCCAGGCCAAUCCCCAGCUGGCCAAAACCCUGCCCAACUACGCCAUCAACUUCCUGUACUUCUGCAUCGAGCACCGGAAGAACCGCGACGCGGCCGUGCACAACUACCUGCUGUCGCUGCUGGCCCAGCAGCCGGACGAAACCCAGCUCCUGGACUUCAUUCGCGCCCACAUCAACCUGGACCCGGCCUUCAACCUGCAGUAUGCCCUGCGCAUUUGCACGCAACAUGGCCACGCCCGGUCGGCGGUGCACAUCUAUGCCGCCAUGGGCCUCUACGAGGAGGCGGUCUUCACCGCCCUCACCAAGGCCAAGGACAUCGAGCUGGCCCAGUCCUUCCCGGAGAACCUCAAGGAUGGGGACCUGGUGCUGGACAGUGCCACGCGCCUGGGCGGCAACAGUGGCCGGGAUCCGGGCUCCGCGCGCGGGUCCUCCUCGGCCGUCGUGGCCGCCGCCAUCCCCGAGGAUCUGGAAGGCCUGCGCAAGAAGCUCUGGCUGCAAAUCGCCAAGCAUGUGGUCGAGGAAAACAACGACAUCGAGAAGGCCAUGGAGUUCGUCGAAAAGUGCCCAAGCCUCCGGAUUGAGGAUGUGCUGCCCUUCUUCGGGGACUUCGCCAACAUCGAUCACUUCCAAGACCAAAUCUGUCAAGCCCUGCGCAAGUACAGCAAGGAGACCGAGUCCUUCCGCGAGCGCAUGGACUCCACGUCCCACAGUGCCGAGCUCCUGCGUGAGGACAUCCGCGCCCUGCGCGCCCGGGCCGCCUCGGCCCCGGUCACCUCCAGCUGUGGGCUUUGUAACCGUGGUCUUCUCAGCCGGACGGCCAUCGUUUUCGCCUGCUCGCAUGCCUUCCAUCUGGACUGCGUCAUCAACCAGCGCAAGCGCUUCGCUCCGCUGCACGAGCGCGCCAAGAUCCAGGAGCUUCAGAAGCGCAUCUCUCAGAACACCGCCACCGGCCGGCAGGACACCCUCCUCAGCUCGCCCCUUGUGCAAAUGAGCAAGAGCGAACUCGAGGAGAUCGCCUCGUCCGAGUGCGUCCUCUGCGGCGAGAUCGCCAUCGCCGCCGCUCUGGACAACCCCUUCAUUCUGGACACCGACGAGGACCGCAUGAUCGCCAACUCGUGGAAGUUGUGAAACAGCGGGCGUGAUGCGGCCCCGUGGGUCCUCUGCGGAAUGACAUUCCCCGGAAUGUGCAUAGAUGAAUACACAUAUCUUUGACA